AUGGAAACCCCUACUACAAACCCGCAAGACCCAACAAUGACUGGCGAACGACCAAAACGACCCGUAAAACCACAACCCCCAGAGCCACGAAACCACCUCCAAUUUGAUCCCUGGCAGUCAGCUUCAACAGGCCACCAGCGUGCAGCCGAAGCCGGCGGUUUCCUCGGCUCGACAUCAUGGCGGGAUGCUCGCUCGGCGAAAUUGACCAGGCAGUAUCAAAGUGGGGAUUGUCUUCCAGGGCGAGGAAAGGCACUAGGACCGGGAGCGGGGAACAAAGCAACACAAGAGUCGACACUCGUACCCGGUGCAUUCAAUGGGAAAUGUGCAUCGCAGUCGCCGCCUAAAAUACCUGCUUCUGGUGAAUGGGCUAUGGUAGCUGGGGAUGUGGCUAAGCGGAAUGAACUCGGUGUUCGGGAUAUUCGGUCGUUUAUGGGUGUUAGCAAGAGGAAGGUGGUUGAUGAGCUUGAGACGGAUAUGAAGACGGAGACGAAGAAGAUCAGGACUGUUGUUGGGGCGGACCGGAGUCUGAGUCCUGCUCAAGAUGCAAAGGAAACGGAAAAAGAAACGGAAAAGUCUCAAAUACAAGACAACCCCCAACCUGACUCCCGCUCUGGCGCCAGCCUUGACCUGAAAUCCACUUCGAAUAUCUUCGCCGGCGUUACGAUCUUCAUCAAUGGCUCUACGCUCCCCCAGAUCUCCGAGUAUAAACUCAAACACCUACUCGCGUCGAACGGGGCUAGGACUUCUAUCUACAUGGCCCGGAAGACGGUGACGCAUGUUCUCGUCGGACGACCUAAUACCGGGGCUGUGAGUGGAAGUGGAACAGCUGUGUCUGGUGCAGGUGGAGGUCUUGCUGCCGGUAAGCUCCAGCAGGAAAUUGCCCGUGGGGGGUGGAAAGGUGUGAAGGUUGUUAGUGUGGACUGGGCUCUUGAGAGUAUCAAAGCUGGACGUCGUCUUGCCGAGUCCCGGUUCCCUGGUAUGCAUGUUGCGGCCAAGGGACAGCGGAGUGUUGCUGGGAUGUUUGGUGUGCAGGGAGUGAAGAAGUAA